GCUCAACAUAUUGUAAACAAUAUGUGGGCGUGUCCAUCGCUGCCGACUUGUUGGAACUUGAGGAUAUCGCAGUAUAAAAACUGGGUUCGUGUUUCUGAUCCACACAUUGGAAAAGACAGCAACAAUCGUUAUAAUGGCAACGAAACAGAAGUGCACGUACUGGGCCAAAUGUUAUAGAAAAGACAAAGAUCACAAGAAAAAUUUCCUUCACCCUGAGGAUGAAGAUGGAGACACAGACACAGAAAUUGAAGAUAAAGAAGUCAAAAAUUCUGUGAAACUGAAGAGACAGAAAACACAUGAGCUGAGCGUUAGUGAAGAUAUGGACGUCGAUGUCAGCCGACCUACCAUCAAAAAGCUGAGGUCUCGCACGGUCAGCAUGGAAAAGCCCGAGCCCUCGACUAGCACUGACGAGGCGGGUCCUUCCUCCGCAGUAGAUGACGAUCGUCCGGACUGUAAAUACUGGGAGAAGUGCUACAGAAAGGAGCCCAAUCACAUCAAACAGUUCCGACAUCCGGCAGAUGGGCCUCCCAAAAAAGCAAACAGAGUUAAACCAGAGAAUAAAAUAGAAGAUGGGGAUGAAAAGUCUGUGGCUGGUGGCUUCCGGCUGAAGAGGAUAGGCAGUCAUUACACCUGCACAUGCAUUGGAUGGAAGGUACAGAAAAAUGCACCGAACAAAAGAACAUGCAAACACCUCCGAGAAUAUUUAGGUGAUGACUUUGAAAAAAACAGAGUGGGAAAAUUGACAGCUGACAAAAAAUCGAGACCAGAGCCCUCUAAAUAUUUCUCACACAUCAACAUAAGCCUCUUACUGGCCAACAAAUAUAAUGAAAAAAAAGAUGACCCUACAAACUGGUGGGUCAGUGAAAAAUUAGAUGGAGUAAGAGCAUUUUGGAAUGGAAAGUGUUUCUACUCCCGGCUUGGUAAUCCUUUUUAUGCUCCGAAGUGGUUCACAAAAGACUUACCCACAGACAUGCAUUUAGACGGAGAACUGUUUGGAGGAAGAAAGAAGUUUCAGAGCACAGUUAGCAUUGUGAAAACACCUGAAUGUGAUCAGUGGAAGAAAAUCAAGUACCAUGUAUUUGAUGCCCCUAACUUACAAAAGGAGUCAUUUGAAAAGAGAAUGAAAGCCAUCAAAGACUACUUUGAUGAAGUAAAUCCUGACUAUGCCAUAAUGUGCAAACAAGAAAAGUGCACAGGAAAAAAACACAUUGAUGAUGAAUUGAAGAGAAUCAUUGCCCUUGGUGGGGAAGGGCUUAUGAUUCGACAGCCCGGCUCUCAAUAUGAAAGAAGGCGAUCCAACACAUUGCUCAAAAUCAAAACCUUUUAUGAUGCAGAGGCUGUUGUCAUAGGCUACGAACCCGGCAAAGGCCGUUUCCAUGGCAAAGUGGGGGCUCUUAGAUGUAAAAUGGCAAACGGCAAAUUAUUCUCAGUUGGAUCUGGAUUGACAGACAAGGAUCAUAACCGUCCACCAAAGAUCGGCUCCAUCAUCACAUACAAAUUCCAGGAAUAUACUAACUCAGGAACUCCCAGGUUCCCCUCCUACUUAGGAGUGAGAAUAGAUAUGGAUAAACCUAAAGAUGCAGUGUUACCCGAGAUUCCAAAAGAUGAUGAUUAAACAAAGAUCUGAUCCGAGAAAAAUACCCCCAAAAAAGGCAGCCGAUUCAUGAUCUCAUGACAAUCUUUCAGCAUCCAUGAAUAGAGACUUUUGUCCGUGAUCAUUUAACGCAAGAAAUAAACUGAAUUCCCUUAAAGUUGGAAAUAUAUGUUUAGAUUUAUUAUUUAUUUUUGUGAAAUUGGUUGAGAAUGCUAUAGAUUUGUUUUUGUUUUGCAUCAUUUAUUGUCAUCAAUUGUUACUAAAAAACUGGCCAAUUUUUUUUUAAUUUAUUCAUUUAUUAUGUUUUGUAUUUUACUGCAUAUAUACAAGACACUUACCGUAGUGCAAUAACUACUGAACUGUGAUAGAGAUUUCGACUGUGAUUAACAAUGUUGUCAUAUUUCAAUACAUGUAAUAUAAUUUUAUUUAAACUAACUUAUUUAUGAUCAAUACACAGUUGUUUAUAAAAGGAAA